AGACCCCGUGAGACACGGAACAGCCGCCUUCCUCCCCAGUCCUGAGUGCCGUCAUGUGAAGGGCGCCCCAGUGGCCUGCCUCGCUCUGGGGCGGCUCCCCGAUGGCUCUGUUGCCAAGGUCCGGUGGGACUCGCCGCUCAGGAGAAGGGCGCGUCCCGAGCCGGCGGCCUCACUGCAGGCCGACCCUCCCUCUACCCACCGGACGUGUGGCCGAGGCCUGUGCCGAGGAGCCCGUGCCGGGGGAGCCGUGGCCGCGCUGUGGCCCUGCCGGCUGCACAUGAAGAAGGUGCCGGGGGCAUCCCGGGUCCCCCCGCCCCACACCUCCUGGGACCCCAGGGCUGGGCUGUUCUCGGAGCCGCCCCUCCUGCCGCCCGACCCCGGGCCAGGACGCCGACCACACCGUGAAAGCUGCUCUCGGAACAGAAGAGAACAGAGCAGCCGCCUGCCUCCCUCCAGGAUGAGCCCUUUAGGGCUGGGGCCCCUCUCACCAGCUCAUCUGGCUCUCAUCUCUGCUCCAGAAGAUCUGGAACCUGCACGGAAGGAGCGUCAUCUGCCCACAGACAGCCCUCAUCAGCGGCGUCCGGGAGCCGGUUUGUGCCACCAGGUGCUCUCAGCAGCUCUUCUCUGGGGGCAGCUCCUUGAGAUGCAGCGGCGUCCGGUCCGCAAGCGGGCCGCCCUGUGCGGCCGGGGUGAUGACCCCACGCGUCACCUCACAGGUCAGAGGGGACAAAUCUCGGCCCUCGGGCAACAGCCGGGGAGUCCCCGCUUCUCACCGCUGACGCGUCCCCGAGGGCCGGCCGCCGAGGACAGGGGGAGGCCUGUUAACUCCUUCACUGGCUGUCCCAGCGUCUUGCCGGCCCUCCUGACAGCCUCCAUAACGUCUGUUGAAUAAACGGUUUAGAAAACAAAUGAGUCCGGGGUGAAGAAAGAGCCUGUGAUGGUAGCAUAGCGUUGAGAAUGCACUGAAUGCCACCGAAACAUACACUUGAAGAUGGUUAAAAUGGUGAAUAUUACUUUAUGUUUAUUUUACCACAUUAAAAAAAUAACCCACAAGUGAAUGAGUGGCUAAUUGUGCAAAGUGUAACCUUAAAGUUAAAAAAAUUGGAGAUUAUUGGGCUUCCCUGGUGGCGCAGUGGUUGAGAGUCCGCCUGCCGAUGCAGAGGACACGGGUUCGU